CCGGGCUCUGGCCGCCGUGCGCGGCGCCCGUCCCCGCCGGCCGCAGCCCGAUGCGCGAGCCGCCCGCCCCGAGGACCCGCUUGCCCCGCCAGUGCCCGUCCAGGGAGCCCGCGGCCGGACCGGCGCGCCGCAGGAGGUUUGUCCCCGCGCGCGCGCCGUACCGCGGCCCGGGGCGGCGAUGGGCGAGACCAUGUCGAAAAGGCUGAAGCUGCACCUGGGCGGGGAGGCCGAGAUGGAGGAGCGCGCGUUCGCCAACCCCUUCCCGGACUACGAGGCCGCCGCCUCCGCGGUGCUGGCCGCCGGAGCGGCCGAGGACGCGGGCGGCGCUCGGCCCCCGCCCCCCGCCGACGACGUCGGCCUCCCUUUCCACAAGGACGGGAAGAUCAUCCAUGAUUUCAUAAAGCGGAUCCAAACCAAAAUCAAAGAUCUUCUACAGCAGAUGGAAGAAGGGCUGAAGACAGCUGAUCCCCAUGACUGCUCAGCUUACACUGGUUGGACGGGCAUAGCCCUUUUGUACCUGCAGUUGUACCGGGUCACAUGUGACCAGACUUAUUUGCUGCGGUCCCUGGAUUACGUGAAGAGAACGCUUCGGAACCUGAAUGGCCGCAGGGUCACCUUCCUCUGUGGAGAUGCUGGGCCGCUUGCUGUAGGAGCUGUGAUAUAUCAUAAACUCAACAGUGAUUCUGAGUCCCGGGAAUGCAUCACAAAACUUUUGCAGCUCCAGAGAACCGUUGUGUGCCAAGAUUCAGACCUUCCUGAUGAGCUGCUUUAUGGACGGGCGGGUUAUCUGUAUGCCUUACUAUACCUAAACACGGAGAUUGGUCCAGGCACCGUGUGUGAAUCAGCUAUUAAAGAGGUAGUCAAUGCUAUUAUUGAAUCUGGUAAGACUCUGUCAAGGGAAGAGAGAAAAACUGAGCGCUGCCCCCUGUUAUAUCAGUGGCACAGGAAGCAGUAUGUCGGAGCAGCCCACGGCAUGGCUGGAAUCUACUACAUGUUAAUGCAGCCAGCAGCAAAUGUGGACCAAGAAACCUUGACAGAAAUGGUGAAACCUAGUAUUGAUUAUGUGCGCCACAAAAAAUUCCGAUCUGGAAAUUAUCCAUCAUCAUUAAGCAAUGAAACCGAUCGACUGGUCCACUGGUGCCACGGCGCCCCGGGCGUUAUCCACAUGCUCAUGCAAGCACAUAAGGUUUUUAAGGAGGAGAAGUACUUGAAAGAGGCCAUGGAGUGCAGUGAUGUGAUUUGGCAGCGAGGUUUACUACGGAAGGGUUAUGGGAUCUGCCACGGGACUGCUGGAAAUGGCUACUCAUUCCUGUCCCUUUACCACCUCACACAAGAUAAAAAGUACCUCUACCGAGCUUGCAAGUUUGCAGAGUGGUGUCUCGAUUAUGGAGCACAUGGUUGCCGCAUUCCUGACAGGCCCUAUUCCCUCUUUGAAGGCAUGGCUGGCGCUAUUCACUUCCUCUCCGACGUCCUGGUGCCGGAGACAUCGCAGUUCCCAGCAUUUGAGCUUGGCUCUUCGAAGAGGAUUUAAAAGGUGCAAAAAGAUAACAAAUACCGGUUUGGACCAAACACCACCAGAUUGCUGAGUGCCUGACAUAGACCAACCGUGAAUCCUGAGAGAGAAAAGCAGAGCAAACACCCUCAAGUUACAGCAUGAGUGACAGAAACCACCAUUGGCGUUUUGUCACUGUGUCCCCUCGCUGGUGUAAAAUACAAGUCCCUCACCCCAGA